GGGCAAGCUGAGGCGACCCUGCUGAAACCUGACCUCCUCGUCGACAGACUGAUUUUAGAUCUCGUCUGCCCCAAACAUCACCGCGAUCAGAGUCGUUCAAAGUCAAGCAUGCAUCGUUUGCACGGAUUGUCAGCCGAGCCAGAACACUGUUAUCUCAGAGAUAAAAGCAACACUUCUCUCGGCCCUCCAUUCCCGCGACAUACUGCCGGUCCAGCCAUUGUCGCGACCUCGUCGCGUUGCAGAGACGCAACCGAAUAGUUUUUAUAUCAAGUGAUGGAAGCCCGCCAUCUGUCGAGGCCAUGGCGAACCCCAUUAGUCGACCGUUGAGCUCCCCUGGGGGAACGUCGCCGGACCCGAGUAGUACUGCAAGCGGUUUCAGGUCGAACCCAUCCUCGACAACGCAGGCUACUGGAAUCGCCCACGUCUCCAUUCCGGCUUCGAACAUGUUUCGGGACGUAUCCUACCGGUCGCCUGCUAGUUCGUCGGACUCGUCCGUCCCAUGCAGAGGCCCUUUUCCUGACUCCCGCACUCGUCUCUUCCCGCCCUUAUUACCCACGCAGAGCCGGACCCUGCCGCCCUUUGAACUCACCGCUCGACUUGGAAAUGUCUUGGCUGCCGAUCUUUUACCCACUGGCUCGGAAUCCAAUUGCACGUCUUGGGAAGUUGAGGACGGGGCUAGUGACGGGGAGCAUGCCAAGUACGGCCACAAGGACGGGGGAUCGGAUGACAAGCUUGAGAUGCUCCAAGCUUUAUGGGGCCAACUACAGGAUCGGCGUUAUACGGCCCGAGAGCUCCGGGCGAAAUUAUCGGAAAAGCGGGCGAAGUUACGGGAACUGAGGAAGCAGAAGGACGAUACGGACAACCAUUUCAUGGGCCUUAUACGGCCUCAUUUCCCAAGCAGCCACCGCUUAACCUUCGCCACAGACUUGAUAAUUCGACGAUUCAACGAGAUGCAAAGUAUUCGGUCUGCCUAUCAUGUCCUGGAGAACGAAGUCGAAGAGCUCGAAAUCCAACUAGAUGAAGAGCAGGGUUCACGCGAAACACUAGAGGCCCAGUUCUUCAGCUAUCUGGAGGCUUCCGCUCGUGGCAAUAGACCCCAAGAUGCGUCACCCUCUGAGUCGGAUACAGACAGCUAUGCUCCCCCGUCAAGGGCAUCCUUGUUGGGAAUCCCAGCCGAUCGUCCUGCCGACAUCCACCCGCUUUACAGGCGUCUUCUCGAUGCAGUUGGCGACCGGGAGCUUGCCCGAGAACAUCAUAUGGACCUAGUUAUGCACCGCGAUUCAAUAUUGUAUAACCUGGACUUGUCUCUCAAGCGGGGACGGCAACGCGCUGCUGAAGGAAAUCCUAAUUUUCAAGCCCCUGUAUCCGACGACGACGGUCAGCUUGAGCCCCUGAAAGUCUUGGUAGAAGAGCCUGGCAGGUUAGACGAAAUUUGUGCCCUGUACAAGUUGGCCAUCAACGAAGAUGACUACGACUUCUUGAAGGUUUUUGGCGAAGAGGAGGCCGAUGUGCAGAACACGCUGGAGGAGGCAAAGGAGGAGUGCGAACGGCUGAUGCAAUUGUGCAAAAGGAUGGGCGUGAUGCGAAAGAACGCCCCAUACCACGAAGAGUACACCAUCUUCUCCGAAACGGACGUGCUCGUGGCUGCCGGCACGAUGAGCAUCGAUCAAGAGCAUGGCCCCGAGCUUGAAGAAGGCCUGGCAGAUCCACGCUUCCCAGUCCUCCUAUCGAAUCCUCGUCAUAUCCUUGAGCCUGAACCCCUGACGGCAAAGGGCGCACUCAAAACCGCCACUAUGCUUGCAAGGGAUGACCCGUCGAGAGCGCAACUAGUAGCAGCGUCUAUGAAGGAGUACGGCAUCUCCACCCUCCUGGUCGAGGCAGCAGGAGAGAAUAAGUCCGACUACAUCAACAGAUGGCUCCUGCACCGACUCCGCACCUCUCCAUUGGAGGCUGAGCUCCUCUAUACGGUUUUUUCAACAAAGCUCAAGGUCCGCAAUCUAAGGCGCUGGCAGGAAGAUGUGUUAUAUUAUUGGUCUCGCGACAGGGCCAAUCGACCAGUCGAGGCCUUCGAAGGACCUAUUACCACGAGGGAUUCGCUUGUGAUAGACGGUGAUACCUGUUGGGAUAAUUUCAACUCGGUUAUCGAGGUUUCUUCGCAGCCACAGAGCGAACCGGGAUACACUCCGAAAAGACUGUCUCGCCGUCUGUCCAGACUCUUGCGGACUGUCCACUAAUCUAGCUGUCCAGACGGUCGAACUUAGCGACCUCUCGGUCAGGCUGGCACAAUUCUGGAUACUUCCAAUGUUUGAUUUCAUAUGUUUCUGCAGCGAACGUAUCUUAAGUUUGUAUACACAGAGCGGCAAGCGGGCUUGGGUUUUUUUUUUUUUUUUUUUGGGCUUCAUCGGGGUUUUAGAGGUCUCCUAUUUGGAUCUGUAAUGUUUGGGAUGGUCAGGUCU